AGCGCAUGGUGCUUCUAUGUUUGAGCACCAUAAUCUGGCCUGAUCAAGGUUUAAAUGCAUUCGACGAUCGACAGACAAUUCGUAGAACUUAUCGAACAAACCACACAGUGCGCGUCUAGCCUUUUCAAUGGCGAAGAGGCAUACUUAUUUUUUUCGUUCGUUCAGUGGGAGAUCAAAACCAAACAGCUUUUAGCAGGGCUGCGUCUACUCCACCCUGGUGUUCGCUUUGAUCGAACGGCAGGACUAUUUUUACGACGGACAUCAUGAAUUAAUUGUAUUCAAUAUUUGGUUAAGAAGCUAUGUCGGGUAUUUCUGUAGUUAGACGGUUACGUAGGAAGCUGGAGAAUGAGGAUUUGCAGUGGAAUUCC